AUGAGUGCUAUUUUUCUUUACGAGGAUGGACAAGGGAAAAUAUAUGACCAAAGUGGAAAUAAUGCUAUGAAUGUAGAAGAGGAUGUUAAUCCAUACCAUCUUGAAACCUUAACUAACAUCAGACAUUACUGCGAAUCUCAGGGACCAGAACAGGAGUCGCUUAUUAAAGAUCUAGACACUAGAAUGGAAGACGUGGCCAAUCUUUUAGGAACACUAUACAACGCUGCGAAGUCUGGAAGACUAGCAGGUGGAAUUGCCGAACGGGCAGCACAAAAGUGGGCAAAGAGGCUCAAAGAGAAUAAAUAUUGGAACAUUCUUGAAAAACAAGCGAACAAAGUGAAUAGGAAGACAAGUCAACUUCAAGAAGAGCACAAGGUUCACUUGAUCAACUUUUACGACGAGCAUCCUCAAGCUCGAGUGAGUGAUGGAGUUGCGUCUCUUACUGAGAAAUUCAAAAACUUCACUUUGAAGAAUUCCAGUGUUCAAGUUUUCUUGAAAAACGAAUGCAAUCUCUUAUUCAAAAGAAUAAUCCGUCAUCCUGUAGCAAGAAACAAUGAAUUAAAACUCGCGAAUCGAAAAGCGUGGGUUUAA